AUGAGGAAGAAGAGGGAAGAAGAAGUAGAGAAGAAGGUCUUAAGCUCUAAGACCAAAAGCCAGCUAGCCCGAGAGGCUAGGAAAGAAGAACCACCAGCCCCUCUAAAGGAGCCCCCAUACCCUUUAGUGUUGUCAAAGAAGAAUAAGGAGCACUACUUCAAGCAUUUCUUAGAGAUAUUCAAGGGGCUGGAGAUAACCAUGCUAUUUGGGGAAGCCUUGCAGCAGAUGCUGCUCUACACCAAAUUCAUGAAGGACAUCCUCGCCAAGAAAGGGAAGUACAUUGAUAAUGAGAGCAUUAUGGUGGAAGGCAACUGCAGUGCGGUGAUACAGAGGAAGCUUCCCAAGAAAUUUAAAGACCUCGAGAGCAUGACAAUCCCUUGCACCAUAGGGAACGAAUCAGUAGGGAAGGCUCUCAUUCACUUAAGGGAAAGCAUCAACUUGAUGCUCCUGUCAAUGUGUAGAAGAAUUGGAAACCUGAAGAUAGACCCUACCAAGAUGACACUCUAG